GAACAGUUGAGCGUUCAAUUGCCAGUCCAAAAGCUUCCUUAGAUAUUUAUUUUCCCUUUUGAUUUUUUAUUUGUGUGUGUGUUAACAAACACACACUGUGCGGUAAACGAAAAUCUAAUCACCGUCCGUCGGUCCACAGCUCCGAUCACCGGAAGAAAUUUCCGGUCACGAGUGACCUCGGUCGCGAAUCGCUGCGUCACUCUGUAGAUAGGAUUGGAGUUCUCAUGGAUUCCCCGGAGAUGAACGAGGAGGAGCACGGGAACGAGAAGAACGACGAGAUAAGCGUUCCUCGCGCGAUUUUCCGUUUACUUUUCCUGGUCUCUUCGUCCCUAUCGAUUUUCGUGCUUCUCUCACUCUCCGUGCUGUAUGUAGCUGUUUUCCUUGGGAAUUUAUCUGUUUGGAGCCCGAUUUCGGUUCACUCACGCUGCAGAAUAAUUUCCACUAGUGUUGAUCUGAGGUCAUCUAAGGUUUGUGAAUUAGGGCUGUUAAAUUACAAGGCCAAGCAUGUGUUUUACCCAUAUGAAAGGAAAAAAUAUCGAUGCCACUAUGACUAUUACUGGGCUUCUGUGCUUGAGGUUGAAUACAUAGAUCACUUGGGGCAGGCUAGGUUUGCGUUAGCUGAGGCCCCAAACGAAGCCCUUCCAUACAAUUGUAGACCCAGUUUUGGUGCUGCAUGGUUGACCAAAGAUAAAUUUAAGGUGAAUCGAACAUAUGAGUGCUCGUACACACUUGGCAUCUCUAGGGUGAACAUAAAUUUUGAAGGUUUAUUUGAUUGUCCAUCUGAAGAGCCUUCGACGUUUGAGAUGAUUAAACGAUAUUACAUCCUGUUUACAAGGAUAUUAAAGUCGAAAGUUUUCAGUGGGGAAAUACUAAAUCAAUGGAGAUGGGAGAUGAUAGCUGGUGCUGCAACUGGAUACAUAACGGCCUUCUUAUCUGUCAGCUUUAUUGGGCUUUUACGGCCAUUGAUGUCCUUUGCUCGUCGAGUAAUUGCAUUUCGGGCCUCCCGUUUAUGCCCAAGUACGGUAUUACUGAAGAGAAUUUGUUUCUUUGUUGCGUAUUUCUCGUUCAUGAGUUGGGUCACUAUUCAAUACGUGAAACGGCUCGGCCUCUCACAGACGUAUAGUUUCGGUUAAGCAUGUGCAACAUUUUUGUACCUGUACAAAUUGUUCUUUGAUUGUAGCUCUUAAGUGUAUUUUUUUUGUUUUUUCUUGAAGAUCAAUAUAUGUACAGUUAACCAAUUUAAGGUUUUAAUCGUGUCAAAAUUUUGUGAAGGUGAAGUUUCAGAUCUCAUCUCCUUUUCAUGAGAAAAGGUAUCAAUUUGCAUA